AUGGUGCGCCUCGGAUCAGCCCUGCCGCUCCUGGCAGGAGCGUAUUCUUUUGUCUCUGCCACUACCAUCCCAGGUGCCUUUAUUUUCGAGUUUGAGGACAAUCAGGACAAAGCCCCCGUACUGGAGACUGUCAAGAAGCAUGGCGAGCUGAGAAUGAACCUUGAUUUUGAGCUGUUCAAGGGCGUCUCUGUCCAACUCAAUGAUGCUCAGAAUUCCGACGUCAUUGUCGAUAAAAUCAGCUCUCUGCCCGCUGUCAAGAACGUGUGGCCGGUUUCCUUGCAAAGCUUACCCAAGACCGUGGUCCACUGGGCUGCAAAUCCCCAUGGCGAAAAGAGUCUCGUGUCCCGCGACAACUCGACCGCCGACACCUUCUCGCCCCAUGUCAUGACCCAAAUCGACAAGCUCAGAGCCAAGGGAUUCACUGGCAAAGGUGUUCAUGUUGCCGUCAUUGACACUGGUAUUGACUACAAGCAUUCUGCUUUAGGAGGCUGUUUCGGAAAGGGCUGCUUGGUCACCAACGGCCAUGACUUUGUUGGCGAUGACUACACUGGCCGGACCACCCCGGUUCCUGAUAAUGACCCGAUGGAUUGCCAAGGACAUGGCUCGCACGUAGCUGGCAUCAUUGCCGCCAACGACGCCAAGCUGGGCUUCACUGGCGGUGCGCCUGGGGUCACCCUCGGAGCUUACCGAGUCUUUGGCUGCACAGGCUCCGUGUCGAGCGACAUCCUCAUUGCAGCGCUGAAUCGCGCGCACGCGGACGGCGCCAACAUCAUCACCCUGUCUAUUGGCGGGCCCAACGGGUGGGCGGAAAACGCCUGGGCCGUUGCGGCGAGCCGCAUCGUCGCCAAGGGAGUCAUCAUCACAAUGUCGGCCGGCAACGAGGGAGAAUCGGGCAUCUUCUACGCGAGCUCGGGCUCAUCCGGCCGCGGCGUGGCCGCCAUUGCCUCUUUCCAGAACGUGGUCAGCCCAACCCUGGUGUACUAUGGAAACGCCACCGUGGACGAAGCGGAGUCCCGGGAGUUUGGGUUCGUCUACGGAAAUCGCCAGGUUUUCAAGACGACCCUGCCAGUCUGGGCGUCGAGCCUCAACACCAGCGUCGCGGAUGACUUGUGCGAUCCCCUCCCGGCCAACACUCCCAAUUUGAGCGAGUACAUUGUGCUCGCGCGGGUUGGCGGGUGUUCAGCCAUGUUCAAGGUGCUGAACGCGCUUGGCAAGGGAGCCAGAUACGUGAUGCUGUACAACAAUGUCGACACCUUCCCCAGGGGCGCCCAGGUGCCUACAUGGAUCCCCGCUACCUUGAAGGGCGUUGGCGUUACCGAAAAGAAGACUGGCGAAGCAUGGAUCGAGAAGCUGAAGGCGGGCAGCAAGGUGACACUGACGCUGGGCUCGGUCUUGGACGACAAGCUCGGCGUCCAGGACGUCCCGAACCCCACGACCGGCGGCGCCGUAUCGUACUACAGCACCUGGGGCCCGACCUGGCGGAUGGAAGUCAAGCCCCAGUUCGGGGCGCCUGGCGGCCAGAUCCUCUCCACCUACCCCAGGGCAAAAGGCAGCUACGCGGUCCUGAGCGGCACGUCCAUGUCGUGUCCCAUCACGGCAGCAAUCUACGCUCUCGUCGGCCAAGCCCGAGGGACCCUCGACCCGGCCCUGCUGCAGAACCUGCUGGCCGCCAACGCGAACCCCCAGGUUUUCAACGACGCCGCGCGGUUCUACGACGCCCUGGCGCCCGUCCCCCAGCAGGGCGCCGGCAUGGUCCAGGCCUACGACGCCGCGUUUGCCACCACCCUGCUCGAGCCAUCCAGCCUGUCGUUCAACGAGACGGCCUUUGCGCCGCGGAGCAAGAGCUUCACCCUCACCAACCAGGGCGGCGGGGCGGUCACGUACGACAUAUCCUAUGUGCCCGCGUUGACAGCCUUCACCAUGAAGCAAGGCGGCGGCGUGGUCAACACGUUCCCCGGGGACUUGUCCAAGGAUUCCGCCACCAUCAGGUUCAGCAAGGACAAGGUGACGCUCGGCAAGGGCGAGAAGGUGACGGUCGAGGUGGAGGCGACGGCGCCGGCGCUCGACGCUAGCCGCCUGCCCGUCUGGUCGGGCUACGUGCGCGUCAACGGCACGGAUGGCACCUCUCUCUCCCUCCCGUACCAGGGCCUGGUCGGGUCUCUGCAUGAUCACGCGGUGCUGACAAGGAACGCGACGUGGAUCGCCCAGGCAGGCGACGGGAUGCUGUUCCCCGUUGCCGCCAACACCGUCUUCCACCUGCCGCGGCCGGGGUCCAACUCGACCAGCACCAACGGCACACAGCUGCCGACGGUGGUGUUCGACAACGUGCUGGGCAGUCCGUCGAUGCGAUUCUACGUGGUGCCCGUCUCGAGCAACGGAACAUGCCUCGGGCCGCUCGGCCAGAUGGAGUCGUCCCCGCAUCCGUGGAACCCGCGCGGCCGAGACGACGCGCCAUGGGACGGCAAGCUGGACAACAACAAGUACGCUCCCGAGGGCACGUACAAGAUUGUCGUCAAGGCGUUGAGGCUGUACGGCGACGAGAAGAGGAGGAAGGACUGGGACAAGAGCGUGACGCAACCUUUUGCCAUUAAAUACGUAUAG